AUGAGUCAUGCGGGCUCUCAGAGCCUCAUUUCCUGUUCCGCAUUAGUAGUAAUGAACGACGAAACCCCUCCACUAUGGGAAUCUGUACUGUCAUUGGAUUGGAUGGGAGUUCUUUCAUGGAUUUAUGAUCAUUUACCAUUCGAAAUCAAGUCUUAUAUAUGGAUGAUCAUUCUUACUCUACUAUUUGUAAUAACGUUAUGUGGAUGUUGCUGUAUGAUAUGUUUCUGUUCACCAUGUUGUAUUUGUGCUAUUUGGUAUCGAAAACGGCGUUCACGUCGAAAUCGUGGCGGAGUCGAAUUCAGCACAUAUCCAUCAGCACCUCCACUUCUAUCAAAAAUCUAG